AACACUCCCACGAGCCCUCCGCAGCACGCAGCGUGAAAUAAAGAAGCAAGCAAGCACUCAAAAAUCCCCACGGCCAUCGCCAUCUGCAUCUGCACCACUUCGCCUAAACAUUGGCCUCCGAACCCCUCCACGCACCUUAAGCACUUCGUAUUCGAUCGGCGCGCGCGUGCCCGCCCGCCCCCUGGACCACUCCAUCACCCCCCGUCACCCAGCCCCCGAACCCGGUCCCGACCAGCCCGGCCCAGACAAGACCAGAACAAUUAUACUUCAGAUAUGUCGGACAACGCGCCCGAAAGCAUCUCGAUCACCGUUUGCGGCGACGGCGGUACAGGAAAAUCUUCCAUCUCGCUACGUCUUGUGCGAUCCAAGUGGACCCACGAAUAUGAUCCUACCGUCCAAGACAGUUACUCGGUGACCCGUAUCGUCGACGGGCGGACGUACCAUCUUAACCUUACCGACACUGCCGGACAGGAAGAGUACCGUGGACUAUGGGCAGCGUCCAACCUCGAGGCGGACGCAUACUUGCUUGUGUACGACAUCACAACCUCCGAGUCGCUCGUGGCGCUCGACUAUUUCAACGACCUGAUCGAGAUGGAGUCCGAGGAGCGUAUGACGCGUCCGGGCGCCGUACCGCACAUCAAAAUCGUUGCCGGCAAUAAGUGCGAUCUCGCGAAUUCGAGGGCCGUGACCAGUGCGCAAGGACUCAUCUGGGCCCGGGAUCACGAUUGCGGGUUUAUGGAGACUAGUGCUAGGAACGUCGUCAACAUCGAGGAGACGUUCGAGCUGCUCGUCCGAAGAGUCGUUGCCGCACGAGAGGCGGUCAAGAACGGUGCGCCCUACAAACCCGGUACAGCCGCCCACCAGGGCGAGGAAAAGCAGAAGAAGGAGAUCAGUAGUAUGGACGACUACGACGACGACGACAGGGCGGAGAAGAAGUGGUGUUGCGCGAUUAUGUAGUCGGCCUGCUCUCGACUGUUGACCUGCUUGGACAUAUCUCUGCCGGUUUUGUUAUCCUACGGGCGGGAGGAUUUGCACAUUCGAGUGCCCGGGCAUGAGUGAUGAAACCAGAUGCUCUGCUCAUUCCCAUGACAGCGACAAUUACGAUGAUGCAUGCCUACUCAUUUCUUGCUGCUACGCUGCUAUCGCAUUGUCCUCUUCUGCCAUUAUACUUUUCUUUCAUCUUACACCCUCCUUUACUCCUCUCUUUCAUGUUUCUCCUCUGUUGAUACUCCUAUUCAUUCAUACGUUUGUGAUUUGACGGAUACCCUUUCUGUUCUAUUUUCCUUUCUCUGUAUUUUUUAUUUUCCCCUUUCUUUUCUUACUGUUGAUAGAUAGGGAUUGUGCGUUGGGGAUUGCUGCUACAUACUUACUGACUACUGCUGGAUUUUUCUUUUCUUUG